AUGAAGCUCUCAACUCUCCCAAUCCUGGCCAUGGCCACCACCAGCUACGCCUGCCUCAGAGGCUUCAACGUCGCCGCCGAAAACCCCGACGGCUCCUGCAAAACGCAAUCAGACUGGGAAACCGCCUUCCGCGCCCUCGCGUCCCUCCCCCCCUCCAGCGGCCCCUUCAACCAAGUCCGCGUCUUCGCCGCAUCCGACUGCGACACCUUGGCGCGGGCCGUCCCGGCGGCGCUCGCGACCGACACACGGCUCCUCGCGGGCGUGUGGGCCGAGGACGAAGCGCACUUCGAGGCGGAGAAGCAGGCGCUGCUCGCCGCCAUCAUGGCGCACGGCGGCGCGUGGAUCACGGCCAUCAGCGUCGGCAGCGAAGAUCUGUAUCGCAAGGAGGCGGACCCGCAGAGGCUGGCGAUGCAGAUUUAUGACGUGAGGGGCAUGGUGAGGAGCGUGGGUGUGGGCGUCGCGGUGGGGCAUGUGGAUACGUGGACGGCGUGGGUCGAUCCUGCAAACAAGCCUGUCGUCGUCGCCGUCGAUUUCGUCGGCUGCGACGCGUAUCCGUAUUGGCAGGGCGUCACUGUUCCGGAGAGUCUCGGCACCUACUUCAAAGCCAUUGCAGACACCAAGGCCGCCGUCACCGCGAUCAAGACGGGCCUUGAGGUCUGGGUCACGGAGACGGGCUGGCCGGCCACGGGCAAGACCUUCGGGCGCAGUUUCGCUUCUACCGGCAACGCGGAAUCUUACUGGAAAGCCGUCGCUUGCGCUUCGUUCCAGCAGCUGAACACCUUUUGGUACGCGUACCAAGACUACACCCAGGAGCCCAGCUUCGGUGUUUUUGGACGCGAUGGAAUCCCUUUGUAUGAUUUGUCCUGCUAG